GCAUCCCAUCUGGAGACCAGUCAUUGCCGAAGUACACCUGAGAAGCAAUGGGUUUUUUAAGUUAAUUCAUUCAUCUGAGGCAAUUUCACGCCAGAAUGCAGUCUCCAAACAAGAAGGAUGAGUGCACUGCCAGUGCCUCGCAUAUGCAUGGUGCCUGCCCGGCAGAACGACUCUUGCGACCAAGAGCCAUGAGCCACUCCAGACACAUGGGAAAGAUAAGGAAAAGGCUGGAGGACAUCAAGAACCACUCCUCGAAGUUGACAAAGGCAGAUUUCAGCCACAAUGAAAGCAUAAGGUUGGCCACCGACGCCUUCCUGGAUGGUGGAACAGACUCUUACCUUGAAACUUUAAGCAAAGAAGGCGAAGUGGAUUUCCUCUCCUCGGUGGAAGCUCAGUACAUCAAGGACAACGCCAGAGAGUCCUACUAUGCACAGGAUGGGGCUGCCGAUGGGGCGGUUGCACCAAAGCAGAACGAUGCCAUGUCACUCCCUUCAGGGACCUACUUCCCCACCAUAUCUGAUAGCAGUGAGCCAGCUCUACUGCACACCUGGAUUGCAGCAGAGAAGCCCUAUUUAAAGGAAAAAUCCACUGCUACUGUGUAUUUUCAAACAGAGAAGAACAGCAACAUUAGAGACAUCAUACGCCGCUACAUCAACAAGACCACUCAGGUGCUAGCUAUCGUGAUGGAUGUGUUCACAGACACUGAGAUUCUGUGUGACCUCCUGGAGGCAGCUAACAAGCGUAUGGUGUUUGUCUACUUGUUGCUUGAUCAUGGCAAUAUAAAUCUCUUCUCAGAAAUGUGUGACAAGUUGCAAAUUGCUGAGGAUCUCUUCAAGAAUAUUUCGGUCCGCAGCGUUUGUGGGGAGGUUUACUGUGCCAAAUCGGGCAGGAAAUUUUCAGGACAAAUACAAGAAAAAUUUCUUAUCUCUGACUGGAGAUAUGUGCUGUCUGGAUCUUACAGCUUCACGUGGUUAUGUGGCCAGGUUCACCGCAACCUCCUCUCCAAGUUCACAGGUCAAGUUGUGGAGCUGUUUGAUGAAGAGUUCCGACAUCUUUAUGCGCUGUCCAAGCCAGUGAGGGGACCAAAGUCUCCACCACGCACCAUGCCCUUCCUGUUCAGCAAGAGCUGGGCCCCUCAGCGCAGCCUCCCCGACAGCAAUGAGGAAAGUGCUAACACUCUUUCUGAUCCCUUCAGCAGCCUCUCAACUGGUAGCACCCACCAGACUAAGCAAACCCCAAGAACUCUCAUGUUCAGCAGCAACUUCAGCCCUCAGUCACCUCUUCACAGAGUUAAUUCCUUCCACAGCUAUGUCUCAUUCACACCUCCUCCACCACAGGCAGCCAUCCAGGCUAACUACUACCAGCCACACCAUGUGGCCGAUAACUCUGCAGUUCUGUACAACAACAUGAACGUUUACAGGCCUAUCAGACUUAGACAAGAGGAGCCAAACAGGACAGGGUUAAGCUCACCCUGGAGAUGCCUCCACAAAGCUAAUCUGUUUACAUAAUAACCACCUUGUUUUGAAUUGCAAGUAAAUGCAGUGAGGAGCUGUUUAGCAAUGCUCCUGUGCUGAUGAAUGUAGACAUUCUGUGUAACACAAACCAAAGGUGGUUUCAAGCCUCUUGUUCUGUUUUGCUGCCUAUGGAUGCUUUGUUUCCCCAGAUAAAAAAACCCAAGCCCACUGACAUGUAAACUUACCUUGGGUGCCUCAGGAUCCCAGGAAGAACACAUCUACAUCAU